CAACUCGUCGAAGAGGUUCCACGUGUUUUAAAAAAUUUCCACAUUGUGGCCACUUGGAGAGGGGACCCUCAUCCCCUCGCUUCUUCCCUUUAGCUGAAUUGGCGAAGCGAAAAGGGCGCGGCAAGUUCGUCCACAUUGGGGUGAUUCCAAAGGGGGCGCUCCCCAAUUGGGCGUUUCACCUUAACAUUUGCUGAAACGGUACGCACACAAGUUUGGCACUGCUAACACGGGAAGAGGGAGGAAUCUUUGAAAACAUCCUUCUGGGCAGGUGCCAAUCGAAGGGGCUUAGUAGUUACCUGUUCAUCAGAGCGCAAAGGAUACGCUCCUUCACAACACGUUUGAUGUUGCCAUCCUAUUGAAGGCAUUUUCCGAGGUGCAGUUAUACCACAGGGGAGGAAGAGCGGCGUCAAUAUUUGUUCCACCCUUCUGUAACGCUGUGGGGGAGUCGCCCAUCGCGAACGAAGUUGGUUCCCCUGAAAAAGGCAGCGUCGUGAAGAGUGCGACCCUUGGGAGGGGAGGACGCACCAAAUGGUCAACUCGCAAAAGCGAUGAUAAUAUGGACCAGUGCUUCGAAUGGCUCCAAUCAAAUGAGCUCUUUUAAAAAAAUGAGGAGAAUACCUCUAACCGCCAAACCCAGGUACGCAUCAAAAGUGAGCAUAAAAAUAUGCUCGGCUGUCCUCACGGGGUGGUUAACUUCCCCCACAUGGUGACAUUUGCCUGUGCGGGAGCAUUCGACGUUAUGCCCCCCCGAUAGGCAAACCACACUCCGUGUUUCACCCCCUGCGAGAACUUCCAAAUGAAUAAGCAAUUUUCUCACCUUCUUAAUGGAAUAAUUUGUCGCCAAAAAAUAGUUUCACCUGUGCGUAUUGUGGCCAACUCGCUUGAUGGUAGCCCAAAAUGGAUGUGCAAAAGUGGAGGGAGAACCUUUGGGACGUACGGCGCAGUGACCAGGAGGAGGCAAAAGCAGAGGGAGAAAUUCUACGAAGAAAAGUACAGACAUAACCCUAACCACGUGCCCAAGUUUUCCAAGGUGAAGAAGGGCAGCUGGGGCGGGUGGAUAAAUAACCCCCUCAAGCAGGUGACCAAAAAUAAUGGCUCGAAUUUUAUGUAUGAACAGAAGGUAGAGGAGGAAAUCAGCACAGAAGAAAGGGACUGCAUAAACCGUCUCAUACAAAUGAGAAAGGAAGCUACCAAACUGGGACAGACUCCCCCCUACAGGGGUGGGAAGAAUGGCGAGGGCAGACACGAGGUGAUCCCCCCCAGUGUGAACCUCUUCUCCAUAUGCGACAAUUUUAUCGACAGAAGGAAAGAAAUAAUUAACAAAAUUGAAAAUCCACAGCAUUUUGUGGACACGCAUAUAAAGAAGCUGACCGAGGGGUAUACCAAUAUAAACCAGCUACACGAAAGCUGCAAUGAGAAUGGAUAUGCAAAGGCUCCAGGGUAUUUGAAAGAUGUCCUUAGGAAGAGGAGGAAUACCUCGGGUGGGGCUCUCUGGGGCAACUACAAAGUUGUGCGGGAUGAAGCGUGCACAGAUAGGGAGGGAGCCACCAAUCGGGUGGAAGUUCCUCAAAAGGGGGCUUCCCCCAGUGAGGUAGCCCCCGUUCCGAUGGAGGAACCCGCAAUGUACAGCGGCAUCAGGAAAGAAGACCAGCAAAGCAAUCGAGUAGAAGGCGAAGAGGCAAAAUUGGGGAGAGAAAUGGGACCCCUGCUCGAGUACAACCUCACGAAGUGCACCAGUGAGACAGCUGAACAGGGUGCGCUUCCAAUCGGAGAUGAGCAAAUUUUAAAAAAGCUUUACAUCGAAGAUAUUCUAAAUUACGCAGAUGAAGGGGAAGAAAUCGACAUAAGUUGCCUAGACGUAUUCACCACGUUGAGCACAUCUGAUAGGAAUAGAAAACUGGGGUCUCUCUUUAGCAGCCAUGGAGCUUCCUUCAUUCUUUAUAAUAACUGCAUCAUUCCGUCCAAGUUCUCUAGGGGUACCCUGCAGGAAUAUUUCCACACAAGAAAUGCUUGCAGCUUAUUUGAUAAAUCGUACCAGCUGAUAGUAAAGUUCACGGGGAGAGAUUCCAUUUACAUAUGCAACCAGUUCCUAUCUAGUGACUUAAAUGACAUGAAGAGCAACGACGUUUGCUACACCUGUGUGUUGGAUAACAAAGCGUACAUACUAGACACUGCUUACGUGUUGAAGGGGGAAAACGAAGUGGUGCUGAUCUCCUCAGGAUACUAUAAGAAGGGCCUCUACGAAUUCUUAAGUGACUACAUUUUAUUUUGCAGAGACAGCGGAAUGGAUGUCCACAUACAGGUAGAGACAAACAAGAGGGUGCUCUCCCUUCAGGGGCCGCUAAGCAACCUCAUCCUUAACGAUGUGCUUGAUUAUUUUAACUGGGGAGAGGCAACCCAAGGGGAGAAAGGAGUGAAGUUCCUAAAAAAUGUAAUAAAAGAGGACACAGAAAAAUGUCAACCUUAUGGGUUAUACUUCCAAAGGGAAGAAAACGAAAAGGACAAAUUUGUUAACAUCCCCUACAUGAGUUUUAAAAAAUUGAGCAUGGUGAAAUAUGCAAAGGAGGUGGCAAACGUGAGGGGGGAGGUAUCCCCACCCCAUGAUGAGAUGAACCGGUACGAAAUACUCUGCAUCCGAUGUGGAGACACAGGAGAAGACGGAUUCGAAUUCGUCGUAGAUAAUAACAUAAGCGAUCACUACGUUGAAUUAUUUCUAAGCCAUGUGAAGGUAAAACUGGCGGGAGCAUAUGCCUUAAAUAUGUUGAGAAUGGAGGCAGGGAUCCCCCUUUACGGCAUCGACAUUUUUAAAAACACAACCCCCAUUACUGCAUCGCUUGCCUGGACAUUGAAAUAUAAAAAAAUUAAAGAGAGAAAUAUUUUUGGGUACCAAAAUUUGCUAAAGGAGUUCAGCAUCAAGUCCAAGUUUCGACGCAUUGGCAUAAUAUCUAAUGAAUUAAUUUUUAAGACGUGCAAGAUAUUGUCCUAUCCGUAUAAGGAGCCCAUUGGCUAUGUAACCUCCUGCACGUGGAGCCCCGUUUAUGAAAAGCGCAUAGCUCAGGGGUACAUCAAAAGGGAGUUUGCCAAAAAUAACGAAAAGGUGCUCAUAUCUAUACCUACCGACAUCCCGCAAGAAUUUUCGAAGAAGAAAAAAUAUAAAAUACUCAGGAGCAGAUCCGCUCACAGGUUUACGCUCGCCCAGGUGUGCGCCUUUCCGUUCGUGGGACAUAAGUAUUAG